AUGCAAUCACUCCUCUUCUGCUUGACCAUUUGCGCUCUCUCCGGCGGCAGUCUGGCUUGCUUUUCACAGGACAAGACAACCCAACCCGAUGAGCCCACACUGAUUUCUAUCUCACAACCGGCGGAGGCGGCUGCUGAGACCGAUCCUCCAAAGCGAUCAAUGCCUGGUGGGAAGACCGCCAUGACGCCAGAGGAGAUUGCCCACCCGGACUUCCAGGCUAUC